AUCCGGGCCGAAGGGCGGCCGCGCCCGCGGGGCCACAGGGCCGCAGAGGCCGCGGCGCCCAGCCCGCCUGCACCGAGCCAUGGCCCCGCGCGCCCGGCGGCGCCGCCCGCUGCCCGCGCUGCUGGCGCUGUGCGCGCUGCUCGCCCCGCUGCAGGUGAGUCUGCAGGUGGCUCCUCCCUGCGCCAGCGACAGGCAUUACGAACACGCCGGGCGGUGCUGCCGCAAGUGUGAACCAGGAAAGUACUUGUCUUCUAAAUGCACUACUACCACUGACAGUGUGUGUCUGUCCUGUGGCCCGGAUGAAUACCUGGACACCUGGAAUGAAGAAGAUAAAUGCUUGCUGCAUAAAGUUUGUGACACUGGCAAGGCCCUGGUGGCCGUGGACCCCGGCAACAGCACGGCCCCGCGACGCUGCGCCUGCACGGCCGGGUACCACUGGAGCCAGGAUUGCGAGUGCUGCCGCCGCAACGCCGAGUGCGCCCCGGGCUUCGGCGCCCAGCACCCCUUGCAGCUCAACAAGGACACGGUGUGUAAGCCUUGCCAAGCCGGCUACUUCUCAGACACCUUUUCUGCCAUGGACAGAUGCAAACCCUGGACCAACUGUACCAUCCUUGGAAAGAUAGAAGAACGUCACGGGACGGAAAAAUCAGAUGUGGUUUGCAGUUCCUCUCUGCCAUCUAGAAAGCCACCGAAUGAACCUGAGGUUUACUUGCCCAGUCUAAUUAUCCUGCUUCUCUUCAUAUCCGUGGCGAUAGUUGCUGCUGUCAUCUUUGUAGUUUACUAUAGGAAACAAGGGAAGGCACUAACAGCUAAUUUGUGGCACUGGGUCAAUGAGGCUUGUGGCCGCCUAAGCGGAAAUAAGGAGGCCUCCGGCGACGGCUGCAUCAGCACGCACACGUUGGCCGCCGCUCCGCGCGAGGCGUGUGAAGGAGUCCUGCUGCUGACCGUAGAGGAGAAGACGUUUCCAGAAGACAUGUGCUACCCGGACGGCGCGGCUGCCUGCGCGGGAAGCGGGCCCUGCACACAGGGCGCGCGUGCUCCCACGCUGUCCUUGGUCAGCGAGCUGGACGGUGAAGGGGACUCCUUCCGGCAGAUCCCCACGGAAGACGAGUACGUGGACAGGCCCUUGCCCCUCGCUCGGCCCGGAGGCACAGCCUCGCCGCCCUUCCCGGAGCCCCUGGAGGUGGGGGAGAAUGACAGUCUGAGCCAGUGCUUCACGGGGACCGAGAGCGCGCUGGAUUCCGACAGCUGCCACCUGCCCGAGCCCCCAGGCGGGGCCGACUGGACGCCCCUGACCUCCGAAAAGUACUUGCAAACAGAGGUGGAGGGGGGCGCUUGCUCCAGCUUGGCCCACGGCUGCCAAGCCUGCGCAAGCCCCCCUGGGGAGGACCGUGAACCCCUCACGGACUCCCCGAAACACGGACCCUUGCCCCAGUGCGCCUACGGCAUGGGCCUUCCGGCCGAAGAAGGAGCUGCCAGGGCGAACAGCGCCGAGCAGCCCGAGGACUGGGCUGACGUGCGGCUUCCGGGCUCCACUCGGGGAGGCGCUGCGUCCGGAAGCUCCCCUAGCGACCAGCCCCCUGCUUCCGGAAAUGUGACUGGAAACAGUAACUCCACGUUCAUUUCCAGCGGGCAAGUGAUGAACUUCAAGGGCGACAUCAUCGUGGUCUACGUCAGUCAGACCUCGCAGGAGGGCGCGGCGGGGCCGGGGGGCGCGGCCGCGGAGCCCGUGGGCCGCCCGGUGCAGGAGGAGACCCUGAGCCGCCGCGACUCCUUCGCGGGCAACGGCCCGCGCUUCCCGGACGCGUGCGCCGGCCCGGAGGCGUGGCCCGGAGCGGGCAUGCAGGAGCAGGGCGCGCCCGGGCCGGAGAAGGCCUCGCGGCCCGUGCAGGAGCAGGGCGGGGCCGAGGCCUGAGCCGGACCUCGGGCGUCCCUUUGUCCUCGGAGGCAGCCGCAGGCGCCACCGCGCGGGCGCGGGGGAGUGGGCGGCCGGACCCCGCCCCGGGUCCACGCUUCCCGCCCUCUGCCUUCCGCGGCCAGGAGCACGGGUGGCUGCACGCGCGCCGAGCUCGCUUGACCGAACGCGCGGGCCGCAGGGAGCCCCCGCCGCCGGCGCCCGGGGCAGGAGGGCCGCUGGCCCCGUGCAUCCUCCCCUCCCGACACCGCCGAGCACCUGGACCUUCUCGGAAGAUCACCCGACGUCGCCUGCCCUCCUGCUGUUCCCAAAAGUAAAUGUGUUGCUACGGCUCACCGGUGCCCCCGGCGCAGGUACAGGCAGCUGCCGUCGGCCCCCGCCGUUUCCUUUCCUCCCGUCCACGGUCUUUGUCCUCUCCCCCUCGCCCGCGCCGUUCUCACCGCCUCGCAGUCUGGCCCUCUCGGCAUCUGUUUUUACCGCGUCUUCUGUUGGGGUCUGCGGCCCCGCCCUCCCCUAUUUAUGUAACAACAUACUAAUUGAUGCUUUCCCCCACUUUUUAAAAGUUGUUUCAUGGUGUUUUUCCCCUCAACAAUUCUUGCAGGAGGGACAGCCUCCUCGUAUAUUUCCCUUCGCACUCCUGCUCACGGCGUUCUGGUGGUGGCCUUCCCAGGUGUGUGUCCAGGCACCUUCAGGACAAGGUUAGGUAUGGGAAGCCCGGGGCAAGGUGCAGGGAACAAGUGGAGGGACUUUGAUUUUCUGAAAAAUAGUCCGCGUCUCCAUGUUCUCGGAAGGAAAGCAAAAGGAGAACUUGGCCUUUUCCUCCUGUUGUUAAGUUGGGUUGAUUGUUGAGCAGCCCCGAGUUCGGUGUGUGACCUUGUCCCUCCACGUGGUUUGUUUGUCCUCGCUGCCAGAGGGAGUCAGGUACUUGGUAAGAAAGUCUCUGAAAGCCCAGGUUCUGCAGCGUGGCAUUCUUAGUCUUGAUGUCUUUCUGGAAAAGGCAUGAAAAGCAAGUCGAACACGGGGCUCGCCUGCACACAAAGUGAAAAAGACGGUGCCCGGGAAACUCAAGAAAGAAGAAAAUCAAAAUAUAACGUUGCAUUUGCUCUUUCUGGAUAAGAAUGACAUAAAUGGGUUCAAGAGUUCUCUUAUUCUUAAAUAAUUAUGCACCUGUAAUUCAGCCUUGUAGAGGCGGAAAACAUUCCUACUAUUUUCCAGUGCCUUUAAAUUAAAAAUCAAGUCCUCAUGUUGUGAAUGUAAGAACAUGUAUUACCCUAAAUGUGCUUUUUUUCUUGGUGUGUGUUCUCUUUUGAGGAAACUUAAAGAGUAUAAAGCAGACAAAGUCAACUGGGUAGUUUUAGCUAUAAUGGCCAAUGACUGUUGGUUCUCAAAUACUGGAGAAAAGUUGAAAUUCCUGAGCAUAUUCAAAGUAAUUUUGCAUAUCUGCUAGGUUAUGAGAAUGUUAAUAGUGGUCAUUGUCCACAAGUGUCCCGCCGAAAAGAACCACCACCGACCACUGAUCUCCCCCUCUUAGUUGCAGUUCUGGAAAUGCUGGGUUGGUAGCAGUUGAUGAUGGUUUUUAAUGGAGAAGCAGAGAAUGGCUGUGUAAUUGAUGGGACUCCUUAGCUGACAUGAAAAACUGCAGGAAAGAACUGCGUUGCCAGGAUGAUCAGCAGGUAGAAAUUUACUGUCUGAUCUGCCCUUUUAGUUAACGUCCAUCCACAGAGAUGUUCUGAGACCAUCACACCUUUUGAUAUGGAAUCUGUUAAACACAGCUGCUGUUCACAAAGCAGAAUGCUGAGCGGAAAACCCACGUUUCCACUAGGACUGUCAUCGUCUCACUAAGAAUACUUCACUUUUCUGUGCUUUCAUUGUUGUUUCUAUAAGGAUGCAGUCAUGAUAAUUUAUAAUGGUUCCCCUACCCAGAGAUAUCAAAGGGAUGUGACAAUGAAUGUUAAAAUAACUUGAGCUCCUUAAAUCAAAGGUGCCGUAGAAAUACAUAAGGGUCUAUUUUCAGGAAAAGGUAAUAUUCUUUCCCGCACUGAUCCCUACUAACUCUGUAUUGAUCCAAAGGCAAUUAAACGAUAGGAAAUGUAUAGCAUUGUAGGUCUGUGUCUGUGUUAUGGAGAAUAUGUGACAAAUGUAAACAGAAUGAUGUGAAAGCAAUAAUGAAAAAUUAUUUGGGAAACAUGAUAAAGAGAUUAUUAAACUUAUAUUUGACCAUAAAAGAAUUUUUUCAUGGCUGUUUUGGAAAGCCCCACUGUAUGAGAACUGAACACCAAAGGUGGGAGGUACGGAGACCUAAGAAAAAGGCUGACAACCCAGGAUUUCACAAAAUAUAAUGUAUUAUGGGUAUUUGUGGACAGAAGCAUUCAUCUUGGGGACCACAAAACAGAAAAAGAGGAGAGGAAAGAGAAUCUCACACCAUAAGGCAAGAGAGAAGGGGUUUUAUAGACAAAGGUGGUGCAUGGCUAAUUGGAAUGCUUCUGGACUUUCACAUUCCAAGCAUAAGAGAAGAGACAUUCCAGGCAUCAUAUAAAAGUAGCAGAUUCUUAAUGGCCUUGCUUGCCCCACAGGGUUUGGAAUAGCCUGCACAGUCACCCAGAAGGCAAAAUUACAAUGGUGUUGUCUGAGAUGGCUGCAGUAUGUCCAGCUGGAUCCCUGCUAUGGUUUGCUAAAACAGGGCUCAUUGUAGAAUCAUAACUCAACUUAUUCUUGACCUUGUUUUGUUUUUUUGCUGUCUUAUUUGUGGUUCCCAUGACAACCCACAGAAAAUGUGGGGAGCAACUCGGACUAGACUAAGUUACUGGAAUUAAGACUUAUUCUAUGCAUCUGCUCUCCCACAAUAUGGCGCUGGGAGAGGAGAAAACAGCUUCUACACAGCUGCCUCCAGUUCAACCAAUAAACAGCAGGACCUGCUCCUGAUUGGAGGAGAGCAGCGUACUCGGCAUGUGGGUAGCAGAGUUGGGAUUGGUGGAAGAGGACUAUAAAGGAGGAGAGAGACAACAUGCACCAGGAACAUCUAAGGGGAACACCUGAGGAACAUCUGAGCAGCCCCCGAGAGAGCCGGUCGGCGGUGUGCCGCUCCCCUGCGGAAGUGGGGAAAGUGGCAGGGGGCACCGCCCUUCCACGGAGGUGGAAGGAUCGGUAGCCAACCUGGGAAGAACCAGCAGCAAACCAGGGAAGGGCCGAGCAGACGAAAGAACAGCGCAGGGUCCUGUGUCGUUCCUCCACGAAGAGGGGGAGCGACAGAAAACACUUGGCUUAAUGUUAUAUUGGCUGUUGAUCUCUAAAGAAAAUUUUAUAAAAUGAAGCUUGGAUGUCUAGUGAAACAGCAGAAAGGGAUAUGGAGUAUAGUGUUUUCUCUCCACACUUAACUCUACUGCUAGAAGAAGGAAGAAUUCAUUUCUCUGUUUACCUGCAAAUGCAAAAAGCCAUUUGAGUAUGAUGUGUGGGAACUUUUGUGUGGCGGGAGUUGGGGUGGGGCGAGGAUCUUGCAGUGUAACACACCAUUCCAAUAUCCAGUGGCUUAAAGCACCAUUUCUUUAGCUCACGAUGCUAUGGGAUGGAUCACCUUGGGUGGUUCUUGAGGCCUGGCCCAGCUCGACCAGACUUGCUCCCCAUAUGCAGUGAGCAAACUGGUUGCCUGGGGGGUGGCUGGCUGGCCUGAGCUUUCUCCACAUGGUCUGCAUCCUUCCAGCUAGCUAGCAGGGCUUGUCCUCAUGGUGAUGUCAGGGUCCUGGGAAGAAUUGCAUAGUGACAUGGAGUGGCAUGGAAAAGGCAAGAACGGGGGACCUUUUGCCAUCUGUCUACCACAGGGAUGUUGUUUGCAAUAACAUGGUACAGAGAAGAGUGCAUCUAGGGAAAGACAAAAGAGGAACAUUCCCAAUCCUUAGUAAGUGAAUGGUUGCUGCUUCGCUGAUUGAGUCUCUCUGAUGCCCAGUGUUGUGAAUUCCUACAAUAAGACAGCCACCCAUACUUUUACCUAAGUAUCAAAAUUCCUUCCAAAGUCACAUUAAGUGUUUUGGAGAUUGAGUCUACUAUAUUCACUUGACUAGGACAGAAAAUUGAAAAGUAACUAUUUGUAAAAUCAAGAAAACUGAGAUAACUUUGAGUGGAGGAACUUAACUACAUAAAUGGCUAAAAGGUGGUCAUCCUUUACCCUGAUCCCACAACAGCUUUUUAUGUACUGGGCUAAAGGGAAGCUUGAGCAAAGGCAUUGCCUUUGGUGAAAGAAGCACAGUUUUGACAGUUUGCUCCUGGCAGUCUCCGAUGGUGUAGACUUCCCCUUGUCUGGCUGCCUUGGAGCUCCAUGGGAUGCUCUGGGAACAAGCUGUAUAACCAGCUCUAGGGAGAGGGAACAAAGAACGUGCGGAUGAGGCAUUGUUUUUGUUUAGUGUGCUUUUUAAAGCUUGGGCCUGCAGCAUCCUGAGAAGGGAGAUAAAGACCAGGAGAGCCUGGAGCAAUGGAAGGUGACCUCGGACCAUCAUGGGCUCCAGGCGCCAGAGGAGGCUGCCAGGGAGGGACUGUCUUUGGUUUUCCUGACUCGAGGGCUGUGCCUAUGAACAGACCACCUUGCAAUUCCUAAAGCUGUGCCAGAAAAGAGAUGGGAUCUGAAAUUGGGUAGUAAUGAGGCCAGGAGGUCAGGUGGGAGUAUUGAAACCUAGUGCAGAGAGACAGGGGGAGCCACAGUCCACUGAAAACCUGGCCUGACACCCUCAUGGCAGCCCCACUGAGGCAUGGCCCCCCUGGGCUGAACAACCUCGUGUCUCCCAAGAUUUGAACAAGGAUGGCAGGGACACCUCUGGGACCUCUGUGUGCCAUGGCUCCUUCCACCAUGGUUUCUCAUGUCUCUUGGGAGUCUGAUUGUUCUCUCUCUGCCUCUACACUGACUGCACAGUUACCCUAACCCCAUGAGGAGAUUGAGGCUGAUGCUUGGCAGACAUCUCUUUUCUUGAUUCCCCUUGGUAAACUGGCGUACAAGAACACUUAAAAAAAAAAAAAAAAGAACUUGAUAACCAACAGCAUAAAAGC